AUGGAGACAAGUCUGCUGACGUUGGUGAAUUGUGCCAAAGUGAAAUGGGGAGCCAUUCUUCAGGUGGUCUCAACAUUUGCCAAAGUGAUCGCAUUAAUUAUCAUCAUCAUUGCUGGGGUGGUGAGGCUCAGCCAAGGACUGACAAACAACUUCGAAAAUUCUUUUGAAGGGUCCAAUCUGAAAGUUGGAGAUAUGGCCCUGGGUUUGUAUUCAGCACUGUACUCCUACUCAGGUUGGGACACCCUUAACUUUGUGACUGAGGAAAUUCAAAAACCUGAAAGGAACCUUCCCUUGGCCAUUGGGAUUUCUAUGCCCAUUGUGACCAUCAUCUACAUCCUGACAAACGUGGCUUAUUACAGUGUCCUAGAUCUUCCCACCAUCCUGCACAGCGAUGCUGUAGCUGUGACUUUUGCAGAACAAGUCCUAGGUUAUGUGAAGUGGUUUAUACCAUUAUCAGUGGCAAUCUCAUGCUAUGGUGGGCUCAAUUCAUCGAUCAUUGCCAGCUCCAGGCUUUUCUUUGUUGCUUCACGUGAAGGUCACCUUCCAAGUGUCCUGUGCAUGAUCCAUAUUUUUAGGUACACCCCUAUCCCAGCUCUGUGUUUUAACGGAGGGAUGUCUUUAAUCUAUCUGUGUGUAGAAGAUAUUUUCAAACUGAUCAACUACUUCAGUUUUAACUACUGGCUCUUCAUUGGCCUGUCUGUUGCGAGUCUCAUCCAUAUGAGGUGGAAGUUCCCAGAUAUACCAAGACCUGUAAAGCUCAGCUUGUUCUUCCCCAUUGUGUACUGCAUGUGCAGCAUUUUUCUCGUGGUGAUGCCUCUUUACAGCGACACCUAUAACUCACUGGUUGGGAUUGCGGUCGCUCUCUCAGGGGCCCCAGUUUAUUUCUUCUGUGUGUACCUCCCACCUCAGAAACGACCAAAGUGUCUUAAGAAAUAUUUAGAUAUCUUUUCUGAAUACGUCCAAAAGAUAUCCUUGUGCUGUCUAACAGAAGAAAGUGAGAAGGAAUGGUAACCAAAAAUCUACACAAAGACUGGUCCAAAAAAGGAUGCAACACAUGGUUCAUGUAGAAACCCAUCUCGGUUUUAGUUAUUCAAAAGGACCCGUCAUGGGACAUUUAUCUGGAAAAUUGCAUCAGUUUUGGGGAAGGGAAGAAGACUUGCAACCAUCCGUCCCUGCUGUUAUUAGAAAUAAAUUCACACAGACAGAAUUCACUGUUAGAAAUCUGCAAUAUCAGUGCAGUAAUAUUAGAUAAUGGGUGCCUGCUAGUCGAUAUCCAUACUUGCUACUGUACCAUUUCUUACCUGUUUCCUCUCUUUUCUGUUAGCCUCUCUUUUUCAGUACAAAUCCUGUUCAGGGUUACACAUACCCCCUUUGGCAAUGCACGACUAUAUGUGAAAUUCUGUUAUGUCAGACACUAAGGACCCAGAUGUAUCGCUGACUGGAGGUUUUCCCCCUUUAUUGGAAUACUGUAAAUGGUACUUCAAAAUAUUGCCACUAGAUGAUGCUGUGUCAGAACAGUUUUGAAAUGUGUACCUCUGCAGGAUUUUUCAAUGCUGGAUAGAAAACUGUCCUCACAAUUACUUAAUGCAAUGUUUAUUCUAUAAUGUUACACUAUUACAUGCUGUAGUUUUGCCUCAAAUAAAGGUUUAAACACACACAAUUGUUUAGCACUCACUGUUUGGCUGAGUAAAGUGAUGAGAAAGUUAACAAUACUAAUCCUUGCAUAUGUUAUAGUACUUUAUCACAUUGU